AUUGUGUAUGAUAUUUCUGUUACAUACUAUACACAUUAUGUGAUAUGAUACACACUAUACACGUUGUAUGUCAUGAUUGCAGGGAUAUAUUCUUCAAAAGAAGAAAUUCAACUUAAAGCACCUACUGACUUGUCAUUUUUUGAACGUUUGAAAGGAUCAUUAAAAUCAUUUCUCAGUCAACAUAUGACUCCACAGGCAACAACUAUUGCAUCAAAUUUGGAUAUGAUGAUUCCUGUAAUUGAAUCACAAGAGGAUCAGGAGGACAUUAUUGAUUUUCAUUAUUUUCAUGCAGAAAUUGUUAAAGAUUCGCUUGGUGGUGAAGUUAGAAUUACUGCUGCAUCCGAAGCUACAAUUAUCGUCUUGAGACCAGUUUCUACACCAAUGGAGAUUUUGUGGCAUCAGUUGAAAGAAGUAUUCGUGAAUCAAAUAUUUAUCAACAGUAAACAGAAUAGAGGUAUAAGAAUUAGGAGUUUUAUUUUGGAAAGCUAUUACAAUUGGGUUAAUAAAGCGCGUGGCAUAGUUACUAAAACAUCACUGUCGUAUAAAGUUCGAUGGUUCUUAAGUGAAUUAUUAGUGGUCGCGCCAAACUCGUCCAUUAAAAAAAUGGGACAAUUACUGCAACCAAACAAGCAGAAACUAUUGAAACAAUAUUUACUCACUAAUAUGGAUACUAUGGUGCUGAAUUUAAAAACUGUAGCUACAAAAUUAAAGAGUAUGAAAUCUGUAAGGCCUGAAAUGGAACAAUUGCUCAAAAUCUCAGAAUCUGGCAUAGCACAAGUUGAAAAUUAUUCAUUUUUACGUCAUUUGUUAACUGAUUUAUUCGAUGAAGACGAGAUCAUUAAUCAACACAUUGUCCUCUUGGAUCGUAUUCAUGCAGAGGUUCAUACUAUGUAUCAAGAAAUAUUAAUUGAUGGUGUGCAAAGACAUCUAGAAAAAUCAGGAAUAGAAGAUAGCUCAUAUUACGAUAUAUUGAUUGCCGAUUUGCAAAAGAAUUUAAAAAAUAUAGACAAAGGAGAAAAUUUAUUUGGAAAAACUAAAGAAAAUAAUGUGGCAGUCGCGGAAUUUAUCAGUGAUAGUAAUGGGGGAAAUAAAUUGGAAUUGGAAGAUAAAAAUAUAAAAAUCUUCAAAAAAACUAAAGAAUUGAGCACUGAAAAAUUAGAGGAUAUUGAGUAUUUCAUAUUAACAGAAAUAGAAAAAGCUGUAAAAUAUUCUGAGCAAAAUAUUUUACAAAAAUAUGAAGAUAUAAGUGAUGAAUCAAGAAAUAUUGUGAAAGGAAAUGAAGAAGAUAAAAAGGCCAUUAAAUCUAAUGAUGUUACCUUGCAAUCCACUCAAAAUCAAAGCAAAGGUGAAAAUAGAAAGAAAAUUCAAAGUACUUUACAGGAAGAGAUAGACUUUUUACGGAUAUCAAAAGUAGUAGAUGCCAAGCUCAAAGAAACAAGUAAAGACAAACAAAGAAAAAAUUCUUAUAUAAAUUCUGUAUCAGAUGAUACUAAUAAGAUUCAUAUUUCUAAUAUGCCUCUGACUAUAGAUAUCUCCAAUAUAAGGACAGCUUCUCCCAACAAAAAACAUACUGUAUUACAGGAAUUAGGAAAAGAUAUUGAUAAUGUACAGCGUAAUCGUGAGAUUAACUUAAAAGCAGAAUCAUCUAAUCAGAAAGAUUCAUUUGAAAAUAAAAUAAUAUCUACUGAUUUAUUAGAAGCAUUUGAAAAAUCUAAAUGGGAUAUUAACGAAGAGAAAAUAUCUGAAAAGAAAUCAGACAUUACAGAUACACGAUAUAAUUUCGCAAAAUCCAAUGAAAUAAACUAUGAUGAGGAAAAAUAUAUGAAUAAAGAUGAAGAUAAGGAAGCUAAACCAAAAUCGCAUAAAAUAGCUAAACAUAUCGAUGAUGAAUUAUAACAAUAGCUUAGACUAAAAUACAAUUAUUGUGCAGAAACAAAA